AGAAGAACUGAGGAUUCUUCAUGCACUGCGUGUUAACGAAGAACCGAUGACGAGGCGCAGCACAUCGAAACUAUGUGAAAUAUAGCUGUUUAAGUCAAAACUCGUCCUAAUAGUGCUGUAAAAUCUCAUGAGAACGCCAGCCGAAACAGCAUAGUAACAGAUCUAAGCAACGCCCAAAGCGUCGUAUCGUAUACAACACACAUCCCAAUCGAGUGCAAUGGCCUGCCCAUUGCUCAAACUACUGCUGCUCGUCGGCAUACUUGUGCUUCAAGUGAUUUACACCUGCAAAGCCACACUAAUCGUCGAUGAGAAGGAUGAGCAGCGGAGAGUAUCCGAGGUUAUGUGGGAGAUAACCUACGAUCCCCCUAAGCUCGACAUGAAUAUGAGCUCGGUGUUGAAUGUGUCCAUCCGGAUCGACCACAUUACGGCGGAAGAUUUAAAUGAUAUCCGCAUGGUGCAACUCAAGAGCGAGCGCGAGCACGUGGCCUGGGUGGAGAAUGGAACAAUCUUACUCCGCUCAGCCGCUGAUGCAUCCGACCCGUACAAUGGAACGUUCGGUGUCGUGGGUAACUUCCUUGGGCAGACGAACUUAUUUGUGGAGCUUGUGCGUAAGAAUGGCACAACCGAGCGCGUACCAUCGUCCAAUCUUCCGGUAAUUGUAAGACGCCAGCCCCGUGUUAUCGAUCACGUUUUCACCGGUUCCGUCAUCCUGCUGAUGUCGAUUUUAUACAUAAACUUCGGUGCCGCACUGGAUGUUGUCGCCUUGAAGCAGAUAGCUCGCCGACCGGUUGGCCCCGUGAUUGGGUUCUUGUGUCAAUUCAUAUUUAUGCCUUUGCUAAGCUUCGGCCUGGGACACCUGCUGUUUCCGGACAACUACGAGCUACAGUUGGGACUAUUUUUCACCGGUGUUUCGCCGGCGGGAGGUGCCUCUAACAUAUGGACAGUUGCGCUUGGCGGAAAUCUGACACUGUCCGUUGCGAUGACCACCAUCAGCACGCUGGCGGCGUUUGGAAUGAUGCCGCUGUGGAUUUUCACACUGGGGAGAAAAAUUUUUGAACGCGCAAAAUUAGGCGUCCCGUACAGUCGGUUCGCCUACUCAGCGAUCGGAUUGGUAGUGCCCAUAAGUGCUGGAUUGCUUAUACAACGGUACUGUCCGCGAUUCGCCCGGGUGCUCGUGCGUAUCCUCAAGCCGAUGUCGGUUAUUUUGAUUUUGUUCAUCGUCAUCUUUGCCAUCAUCACCAAUCUGUACCUAUUUGAAUUGUUUUCGUGGCAAAUCAUCGUGGCUGGGCUGGGUCUCCCGUUGCUCGGGUACUGUUUUGGCUUUUUGGCAAGUCACCUGAUGCGUCUGCCGCUCGCCGACGCGCUAGCAAUCUCCGUAGAAACCGGAAUUCAAAAUACAGGCAUCGCGAUCUUCCUGUUGCGAUUCGCGCUAGAGCAACCGGCGGCUGACCUGACGACGGUGAUGCCCGUUUCGACUGCGAUCAUGACCCCACUGCCGCUGAUGUUGCUUAUGGUCGGCCUCCGGCUACAUGCACGCAAACAUCCUUAUCAUCCCAUUUCAGAUCGAAGCAACGCAACGAAGGCAGUUUAAUCGCAAAGGACGACACCAGUCCAUCUAUCAAUCCAUCCAUGUAACACAGAUGGGAUGACCUUUCACGGUUGCGGCUUUAUCCUGCUGGGAAAACUACGAUCAUUCGAAUAUUAUACACAGCACCAACUUUUGUACAUCGAAAU